UUCAAUUUUCUAGCGCAACUAUGGCAUUCAAUUCACUCAAAUUUCUUGCCAAUACAACACCUCGCGAAUACGACAUUUUGAGUGUAGCGUACGAAACGAUACCAAUAAUUUGGGAUUAAUUUACGGAAGAUUGGAACUAGCAUCGGUACUAUCGGACUUCAGUAUACGAACAACGGUGCAUUUCUAUCGUAAAAAUAUGCCAACCAGAAAAAUAUUCGAUUUAACCGUCAAUGCCUGUGAUUUACUCGAUGUGGCUCUGAAAACGAAAGUUCUGGUGGCCUAUGUGGAUAAUUUUAAGAAAUUCUUAAAUGUAGUGCCGACAUGUCCACUUCGUAAGAACUUCAACUACACUCUGACUGGUUAUCAUAUUAAUGAUAUGAAUUUACCCGGUUAUAUACCUCAAGGCGACUAUAGAACCAAUCAUUAUUUAGAAUAUAAGAAAAAGCCCAUGGGUCUUAUAAUCUGUUGGGUUCAUAUCGGAAAUGUUCAAAAAACCACUGAGCGAAGUAGUUCCAAGAAGCACAGGCCGUAAUAGUGGUUCAAUUCAGAUGACCUUAUUUCAAUCUGUAAUUUCAAGAUUGUUAUGUGUAUGUUUAUAAAAGUUGUCAAUUAUUAUCAAAUUUCUAUGUGCAU